UACUGUACACAGACUGUACUGACUGUGUAUGUCGCUGCGCUUCGCAGCAACUUUGUCACCUCCGCCUCUCCGCCUCUCCGCCGCUCGCUCAUCUUCAGCCGCAGGAAACCGGAGAGGAACGCGGAGCUGCUCGAAGCGCCAAGGCAGCGCGCACGACAGUCACCCCGAACCGCCGCAGUCCUUCGCUCUCGUUCGGCCGCGGCUCGGACGCGGAGGAAGCGACUCAAGCCCAAGUACCGCGUCUCCAGGAGAGCCGAGGGGCGCGCGGGCGCGAACGGAACGAACAUGGCGCGUGGCGGCGCGAUGACCGCGUCCUACAUCUGCGUGCUUAUGUGCACUUUUGCUCCGGAAUGUCUGCGAAGAAGGGAGCAAGGAAGCUCUCUUUAGCCGAACGGCUCGCCCAACCUGGAGACGCAGGCCAGGCAGGCAGCGAGAGAGAAGAAGGCGCAAAAUUUAGACGCCGCUUCUCCGCACUGCGAGGGGGAGCUCGGAGAUGCGAGCGCGGCGGCGACGUUACAGUGCCACGGCGCGUGCCGAGGGGGGGCUGCAGUAAAUACUGUACUCCGGGGGCGGAGUUUGGACCCGCAGCGCUGAGAACAUCACCGAUCAUCCAGGGAUACGGGGCUGAUGCUCUCCGGCCGGAUGGUCCCCCGCUCCCGCGACCGGGCUCCGGCGGAGCGAUGUUGACACCGCGGUGAGACGCGGUCUCCUACCGGGCGGCAAGACCGACGUUCUGCGUCCCGGGUUCGAAAUGCGGAGAUUCAGUGCGGCCGACAUCCAAUGAUCAGAGUUGCUGCCCCAGAGCUUCCCGAUGGGUGAGGCUGCGUGUGGUCGCCGUUGACCGCUCCCUCCGUCCUCCAGCAAUGUGGAGUCCACAGCUUCUUCUUCCUGCAUCUGGACCUAGGAGCGCUCCCCCUCGGCACUGUAAUUCCUUGCACGGGAAUUACACCAACGUGGUGCUGAGCUGUGGGUUCGCCACACCGGCCCACUCUUUGGUCACAACUGGUUCGGGGCUUCCUCACGCCCAACAUGUCUUUCGGGACCGGUUUUACCGCAUUUCAGUGAGGGACAGCCAGUGAAGCCCUGUAGCCCCUCCCACCGCUGUAGAAAUCCUGCUCGAUGCCCUGCCCUGCCGAGCCCAUCCAUAUCGACGGACCCGCCUCCUCUGCCGAGUGACUCCUCCCACUCCCCAACAAGGAGCGCCCUCCAAUGGCAUGGGUCAGACUCUUCAAGAAGCCGGGGGGCAACAUCGGAAAGUCGUACCAGCCGGGGAGCAUGGUGUCCCUCGCCCUCACCAAAGGCCUGCUUAACGAACCCGGGCAGAACAGCUGCUUCCUCAACAGCGCCGUGCAGGUGUUAUGGCAGCUGGACAUCUUUCGGCGGAGUCUGAGACAGCUUCCGGGACACUUCUGCCUUGGCGACGCGUGCAUCUUUUGCGCUUUGAAGAGCAUCUUCACCCAGUUCCAGCACAGCCGGGAGAGGGUGCUGCCUUCGGACAACCUGCGCCACGCCCUGGCCGAGACCUUCAAGGACGAGCGUCGCUUCCAGCUGGGCCUGAUGGAUGACGCGGCCGAGUGCUUUGAGAACAUUCUCGAGCGGAUUCACCUGCAUAUCGUGUCUGACGUAGGCAUGGAGGUCUGCACAUCAAAGUCCUGCAUCACUCACCAGAAGUUUGCCAUGACGCUGUACGAACAGUCUGUGUGCCGGAGCUGCGGGGCCUCCUCGGACCCCCUGCCGUUCACAGAGUUGGUCCAUUACAUCUCCACGACGGCGCUCUGUCAGCAGGUGGACCGGGUGCUGGAGAAGAGCGAGAGGCUCAGAUCAGACAUGUUUGGAGAGCUGCUGCAGGCUGCCAGUACCACUGGGGAUGUCAGGAAGUGCCCGAGCAACUGCGGGCAGAGUAUCAGAAUUCGACGCGUUCUCAUGAACUGCCCCGAGAUCGUAACCAUCGGCUUCGUGUGGGACGCGGAGCAGUCCGACCUCACGGAGGAUGUCAUCCGGUGCCUGGGUCCUCACCUGACUCUCUCGGAGCUUUUCUGCCGCGUCACGGAUGAGAACGCCAGGCAGAGCGAGCUUCUCCUGGUGGGCAUGAUCUGCUACUCCAGCCGACACUACUGCGCCUUCGCCUACCACACCAAAACGGCCAGAUGGGUCUUCUUUGAUGACGCCACCGUGAAAGAGGUUGGGGCGAAAUGGAAAGAUGUCGUUUCUAAAUGCAUCCGAGGCCACUUCCAGCCGCUGCUCCUGUUUUACGCCAACCCCGAGGGCAGUGCGGUCUCCACGGAGGACGCGCCCCGCCAGACCACCCUUUGGUCCCAUCAUAAAGCCCCGGUCAACGGAGAGGCAACAGGGCUGGACACCGAGGUUUGGACUAAAAGGCUGGACACACCUAGGGAGAACGUGAGCUCCCAUCUCCUUCCAGGCCAGGGAGGGUUCAAAUCCAAGCUGCAAGCGCCGUCCCCUGGUGGUGGGCGUGGGCCAGCUAAAACCUCGCCCACCAGUCCCAAGAGCUGGCUUAGAGAGUGCCCUCAACGGCCGGGAGAGGUGCGGACCCCACACCCUCAGAGGAAGGAGUUCUCUCGGGGUCAGCGAAGACAAGACGGCCCGGCCCACCGAGAUGUGUUCUCAGAGAAGAUGCGCUCCAGAUCGAUGUCCCCCCCAGAGAAUGGGAUCCGACAGCAUGGAGAUCUGAGGUUGCAUAACGGUCAGGGCAAGGGGCUGUCUCGGCUGGACAGGACACCCAACCAGAGCAGACCAUCCCAUGAGUCACACUCACAGUGUGCCCCAGCUGCUGGUCCCUGCCGGAAACACGAGCGGCCUGCAGAAGCAGACAGCAUUUUUGAUGCCCGGGAGAGAAGUGCGAUGGGCCGUGGAAGGAGCCGAUCUUGGAAACCAGUGAGAGAAGCACUGAACGUAGACAGUGUGCUGAAUGAGCUGGAGAGGCGGCAGCAGGGGGCCCGUCGUGCCUCCCCUGGCCGGCCAAGGGCACGCUGUGAGCGGGAGAGACCCCGGGCCAAGGAGGAUCGUAGGCCCAACAGCCUCAUGACCAUCUAUGAGGACGAGCAGAGGCAGGAUGUGGCGAGUCACAGCUCCCUGGAGUCUGAGAGCCAGGCAAACCCAGAGAGGGACAGGGCAGAGCACAGGGGCAAUCUGGAGUGCAGGGUUCGACCGGAGGGCACGGUCAGCCCCAAGUUGUGCAGAAACAACUGGACCAUCCAACGCACGGAGUCUGGUUAUGAGAGCAGCGACAGACUCAGCAAUGGCUCCACUAAUCCAGACUCUCCUGUUGUGGAAAACUUUGCCUCAAAGGAGCUGAAGCCUUUCACAGAGACUCAGUUGCCCAGGGGUCUGGGCAGACAGAGCAAAGCCGACCACUCAGAUAUGGACCCCUUGUCCGCCUUGAUGUCGUACGGAGGACAUCAGUUGAAAACUCACGGAAAGGAAAGCAACCAACAGGAUGCUAAUCUAUUAAGGAGCAAGUUCAGAGCAGCCGCAAGGACUUCUGAUGAUCACCCAGCAGCUGUGAACACGGCGCGAUCGGAGGCCACCAAUGGGGGGUACCGCACGGGAAGCCCCGCCUUGGAGCCCCUGGCCAAGACCAGCAGCUCGGAGUGGAACAGCUCAGACGACCUGACCGGCCCCCUCUCUGAGCAAGAGGACAGCGCUUACCGAUCCAGCAACAGCGAGACGGCUCCACCCGAGUCGCCCGCCCCGAGCCAGCUACCGUUGGGCCCAUUUCCCCCAAAGGCCGCUGCCGCUUCGCCGCCGCCCCACCGGAGACAUGCCUUGCGGCACACCCUCGGCCCAGAAGACGGCAGGCCAGCUUUUCGUCCAAGGCUGCUCCAGGAGCCAUCGCAGACCAGCCCCCGACCUUCCCCAAGAGCCAGCCAGGGACCUCCCGUCUCACUCCGUGCCGGUCUCUCGCUUCCCCUGCCACCUGACAGCCUUGCACUCCAGCGGGCUACGGAUCCAGUGGUGCAGAAGCCUUUCUCACGGCCUGUGUCUGCACCAGGGCUACCUGUCCAGGAGAGGACAGCUCAUUUCAGCAGCGAGCAGCUUCCCGCACCGGACGUGAGCCCCGAACCCAAAGGAGCGGGCCAGGGUGUCUCGCUGACCACCUAUUUCUCAGUGGACAACUGUAUGACGGACACAUACAGACUGAAGUACCACCGCAGGGGGCAGAGGAGCAGCGAUCGGGGUGAGCAGCCAUCUGGGGACAGCAGCCAGUCGACCCCCGUGGAGCCACUUCCUGCGGAGAUCCCCAAGCUGAAGCCUGAGACAGGUAGCUAUUCCACCAGUAAAUCCACUAUCAAAUGGAAUCCAGUGACUCCUAGAGGACUGGAUGAGCAUGGCUUUUUGUGAUGAAAACCGCUUUCUGAUUUGUGGAAGGUGAGACCCGGACAGCAGAGAGGAUUGUGUGACGAAAUAAAUCAGCACCCCUACUUUGGCAAAUGGUACUGAGGCCAGGGGUUUUGCGAACUACUGACUGAUAAUUAUCUCUUACGCAUCUUACUUUUUUCUCUAAAAAAAGAAUCAGAAACUGAUAUGUAAUUUUCUAAAACAGAUUUAAAACAUUUUAUUUUUUGGAAUGCCUAGUAAAAAUGGAAUCAGGGCACUAUGUCUUCUAUUUGUUAAUGAAUGCAAAUGCAAGUUCUUUGCACUCUGGGGCAUCAUGAAGCUCAGACAUUCUUUCACAGUGCCAGCUUUUUACAUUGUUAUGUUAACUGCGAACAAACAAACAAACAAACAAACAAAGAGACAGACAAACAGAAACCAUAAGGAACGAAAAAAAGUGCGGCUAAAUUCCCCGGUGAUCUCAGAGAUGGUGAUCCACUCCGGAACACACUUCCACGGGUAGUUGCACGCGAGGGACGAAGCCUAAGAUGUAGCUACAAGAUAGUGUGCAUUUUUGCUGGAUUACACGGAUUAUUAUGAGGCCAAGCAAUGACGUGUUCCGCGUUCUAAUUCACAUGCAUGUUCUAAUUCGCUGAUCAGCGGCUCAAGAAAAGGACAUUUCAAAGGCACUACAGGGCACUGCAGCCACCAGGUAGACUACUUGCUUAACAAAACCUAAAUUCCCAACUUAAGUAUGAGGAGGGCUCUGUAAACGUUUAACGUUAUAAAUUGCUUUCGAUAAGAUCUUCAUCUCAGCAGCUAAAUAAUAAUAAACAUGUAAAUAUAAUUUAAUUAAGUAAAUUUUUAUGAAAUAGUGCCCAAUUACGACUGCUGGUGUCCUUGUCGGCAGAACGUGGAAAAAUUUAACAAGAAAGAUGGUCAGGUUUGGAAAAAGGGAUCAACGGUCCUUAAAGCCAGGCACAGUCUGCAUGGAACAGCUACUGCUGAGUACAAAAUUAAUUUGCUUCCCCUUUCAAUAAGCCAAGUGUGCAUUCAGUUUUAUGUUCCCCUUGUCUCUCAUUUUCUCCACAGUGAUUCUCAGAUAAAUCACGACUUUUCAUUCUUACACGCUCU